AUGGACGCCAUGGUCUCCUUCCUUCUCCUCCUAGCUCUCUUCUCCGCCCACCCCCACCCCGGGCGGAGCCAAGAAGGCUUCAACCUCAUGAACCUGCUGUGCAACAGCGACAACUCCUACGCCCUCAACUCCACCUACCACUCCAACGUCGUCGCGCUCCUGGGUUCCCUGUCCGCGGACGCGUCCAACUCCACGGUCGGCUUCGCCACCGGCGCGGCCGGCCGCGGGCCGGACCAGGUGUGGGGCCUCGCGCUCUGCCGCGGCGACGUCAACGGCACCAGCUGCGCGUCCUGCCUCGCUCUCGCCCCCGGCGUCGCGUUCGUCAACUGCAGCGGCAUCAAGGACGUCUCCGUCUACUACGACCGGUGCCUCCUCCGGUACUCGGACGAGGACUUCCUGGCCAGCCCGGACGACCCCGCCGCGCCGGUGCAGUACGGCCUGAACCUGGAGGUCAACAUCACCGGCGACCCCGGCAGGUUCGUCGGGCUCGCGGCCGACCUCGUCGGCGCGCUGUCCGACUGGGCGGCGCACAACUCCACGUCGCGGUACGCCGCCGGGGUGAUGACCUCCGCCCAGGGGUUCACGACGACGGACUUCGCCGUGGUGCGAAACAUCUACGGGCUGGUGCAGUGCACGCCGGACCACGCGCCGGAGGCGUGCCUGGGGUGCCUCGGCAGGCUCAGGGACGAGAUGCCGGCCGUGUUCUACGGCACCUCCGGCGCGCAGUUCAACCUGGUGUGGUGCAACCUUAGGUACGAGGUGUUCCCCUUCUACGGCAGCAGCCCGGUGGUGAAGCUCGUCGCGCCGCCGUCGACGCCGGCUCCGGCGGGUGCGCCUGGCCGGAACGACGUUUCGACGACUUGGAGAAGUCAAUUUGCCGUUAACCAUGGAAAGUCUACGCUUUCUCAUCACUUUGCACCGUGUCCACUUGUAACUGCAGCGUCAGCAGCUGCCAUCGUCCUCGGCGUCGUCCUAGGAGUCGUCCUUUUGUCCGCGUUCAUCGUCUUCCUCUGGAGAAAAGCCCAAGUAAAGCAAUAUGCCGAAGAAGAGGACGAUUCCCGGUCACUUCUCUUUGACCUGACAACGUUGAGGAGGGCAACGGCAAAUUUUGCAGAAGAGAAUAAGCUUGGGCAUGGAGGUUUUGGUGCAGUCUACAAAGGGUUCUUGCCCGAUGGACGGCAGAUCGCCGUGAAGAGACUGGACAAAGCCUCAUCGCAAGGCCUGAAGCAGUUGAAGAACGAGCUGCUGCUGGUCGCCAAGCUUCGGCACAUCAACCUCGCGAAGCUUUACGGCGUCUGCUUGAAGGAACAAGAGAAGCUGCUUGUCUACGAGUACCUGCCCAAUCGAAGCCUGGACACCUUCCUCUUCGCACCUGAGAAGCGUCCAUUGUUAGGAUGGGAGGCAAGGUACCGUGUAAUCUAUGGAACAGCACGGGGCCUGCUGUACCUUCACGAGGACUCGCAGGUCAAGGUCGUGCACCGUGACCUCAAGGCCAGCAACAUCCUGCUGGACGCCGGCAUGAACCCAAAGAUCUCCGAUUUCGGGCUGGCAAGGCUCUUCAGCGGCGACAAGACGACUAGCCUCACAAGCCAAGUCGUCGGGACACUAGGAUACAUGGCACCGGAGUACGCAGUCAUGGGUCACCUUUCGGUCAAGCUAGAUGUGUACAGCUUUGGAGUCCUGGUCCUGGAGAUCGUUACCGGGAGGAGAAACACCGAUGCCUGCUUUGAAUCAGAGGUAGACGAAGGAUCCAGCACGAUGCUGAGCUACGUAUGGGAUCACUGGUCCAAGGGGACAGCGUUGGAGACCAUGGAUCCAUCGCUGGACUGGCAGACCCCGGAGAGCGAGGUGCUCAAGUGCAUCCACCUCGGCCUCCUCUGCGUGCAGGAGAACCCGGCGGACCGGCCGACCAUGCUGGACGUCCUCGUCAUGCUCCACGCCCAAACCUCCAGCUUUGCCGCGCCGUCGAAGCCAGCGUUCGCCUUUGUGCACGGCCAGACAUUGAGCUCCGGCGAAAGGCCUAACGUAUCUGGAGGUUCAGGCAGCCAAGGUGCAGCAGCUGCUGCUGCUGUUUUCUCUGUCAACGAAAUGUCUGUAUCGGAGUUCCAGCCUAGAUAGACAGGUAAAAGGAGAGACGGGCAGACGAGACCCUGGGGAGAAUUGUUCUUGUCAAUUUAUGGAAGCUUUCUUGUAAUGAUCUUGUUACUUUCAAUAUUACAACCUCAACAUUCGUUAUAAAAAAAGUG